UGAACAAAUUUCUCUUACAUCUCUAGCCAAGAUCAGAUAUCAACAUGUCUGUAUAUGCAAAUACAAAUCUCUUGGCUCAAAUCUGAAGACCCAAAUACAAAAACCCACAGAUGCAGCAUGCAGGCGCGGGUGAGGAGUGCCGUCGACGUCAAGUGGAAGAGGAUUUGACCCCGAUUUGGUCUCUGCUUCAAGAGUCACGACCGGAGAAGCCACAGGGGUUUAUUCUGGCCCAACUUGAACCUAACUUGGCCCAAUGAAUGAUGCAGUCGGGUCUAAUUAGGACCUCAAAAAAAGAAGUCCAAUCCACUAGCCCUAACCACCUAAGGUCCAAUAAAGCGAUGCAAUACGGCAGCGUAUUGAUGUGCCCACAUUUAAUUGCGCAACCCCUCCGUCAGUAGGAGCUAAAGUGUGGACUGUGGAAGACCUAAUAAAUAUUGGAAAAGAUUAUCUUUGUUUGCUGUGCUACGCUUCUGAUUCUUCCACUCAAAAGUCGAGGGUUCUCUUCUGUUUUCUUGUUUUAUUUUUGAAGAGAAAUCUCCAAUUAUUAGUGGUGCUUCUUUAGUUGUUUGAGUAUUACCAGUGAUUGACAAGUAAAGAAUUUUUUUUUGGGUGGAAUAGAAUGGGAUGCAAAAGGAGAAACACCGGAAGUUGGGGCAGGGUUGAUGAUGGUGAUGAUGAGGUGGUUGAUUUGGAGGAUGAUGUGAGGUUGGCCAGGCGAUGGAAGAGAAAGCUUUGCGCCUAUCAUGAUUUCAAGCUCAAUUCUGGUAGUAAAAUUAGCUCUGGUGAAGGUAAUUCUAAUGAAGGUUCUAAGAAAAUCCUUGACAUUAACCACAUUGAGAUUCUUGAUGAUGAUGAAUCAAUGGAUGCCGAUUACGAGAAUUUUUUCAAUGGUAGAGCUUUAAAAUCAAUUGGUGAUGAUCAUGUUUCUAACCAUAUGUCUCUGGAUGAUAGUGACACUGGAAGUCGUGCUUUGGUAGAGAACAGGUCCUUAACUGUUGUUGAUGCUCUAAAAAAUGUCGGACAUCCUCAGAACGGGACGGUGCUGGAAAGCAACAAUAUUGAGAUUGAUGAUAAAGGAGAAUAUUGGGAUUCUGAUUACAUGAAGUAUUUGGAUAGUCUACCUUCUGAUCCAUUUGUUGAUAGUGAUGUUUAUAUUGAUAGUAUCAUGGAUAAUCGUGUUAAUGCUACUGCUUUUAAUGGAUUAGUAGAGAAUGGUACUAGUGGAGAUGAAUUGAUAGAGAAUGAAUCCAUCAAUGACGAAGCAUAUAAUAAUAACAAUGAUAAUGCUUGCUGUGAUAUGAAUCCUCAGCAUAAGAAAAUCACAGAAAACAACUAUAUUAAAAUUGAUGAUCAUGUUGAUUACAAGAAGCUUGUUGAUUUAGAACAGUUUGGUGGUGGUGGUGGUGGUAAUGAUCAGUCUGUGGACAAUGUUGCUGUUGAUAUUAAUUCCGGUAGUCACUCUGUAGAGAUUGAUCCUUGCAGCAAUCAGUCUGUUGAGAAUGUUACUAAUAAUGGUGGGUUUGUGGAGAAUAGGUCUGCAAACAUUGAUGCUGAUCACAAUGACGAUUUGGAUGAUAUUGAUUCAGAAUAUAAGAUGUUCCUAGGAAAUUUGAGAGAAGAUGGAAAAGCAUAUGUGCUUGAGGUUUCACUGAAAGAUGGGAUUUCUGUCAUUAUUAAUUAUGAAGUGGAUGAUGGGCCACACAGCAGUUGUGAAGUGGAAAAUCUCAGAAAAAUGAGGCCUAGUCGAGAAGCUGCAGGUGUGACCAAACAUGAUUGCAAACCAGAGAUGGAAUGUGAUAUGGAUGAGAGCUACAAAAUUUUCCUGAACUGUCUGAAGAGAGAGGAGAAUAAUGUGGUAUUUGUGCAUGAAAGUGGUGCAAAGGUGGUAUAUGGAGAGGAUGAAGAGAGUUCAUCUGAUUCUGAAGUAAUUGUGAUGGACACUGAUCCAUUUGGUAAUGAAAAUUGUACUCCAUUUGUGAUUUCAAAACAAGUAGUCGCAAUGGAUGUAGAUGCCAUCGAGGACAUUAAGGAUUCUUCUAGAAAUCAUUGCUAUUGGUUUAUGGAGAGGGUUACAGAAAUUCUCAAAAAGCCUUAUGACCAAAAGGAGUAUACCAAACUCUUGGUAGAUGUACAUAGCCAUAAGCCAAUUAUAAAGGAAAAAGAAUUGCGUAAUGGACGGACUAGGGUGUGCCCAGUGCAAGGAAUUCGGAAAUCAUAUCUUGAUCUGCACCCAGAUCUUUACACAAAGAUCAAGUCAGCCGGAUCUGACAAGCCUAAAAUUUUGAAUCUCUUGCGUGGAUUUUUCUUUUGGUUGGAGUGUAUGCCACACGAAGGAGUUUUUAAACCUUGGAUGGACUCAUCAUGCUUGGAAGUGUUGCCACAUGGAAAUGUUGCAUCUGAUUCACAUUGACAUCUCUGAAGAUCAUAAGUAGAGUAGAAUCUAGCUUGUGAAAGAACGUCCUGGCAGACACGACUGUGCAUUCAAAUAUUGCAUCAAUUAAAGAUGUCAACUCUGUGGAGCUAAGUUUGGUGGCUGAAGGUGUUUGCUUGAUGCAACUUUUUCAAAGUUGUGGGGGACAGGCUAUAUAGAGAAACUGUAUUUAAUCAGAUCAUGUCACAACUCACAACCCAAAACCUGUCUAUAUUUUGUCUAGUUGCUCCAUUUAAAUCUUAUUGUCCAUCUUGAAGCUGGCCAUCAUUAUUAAACAGAAUCCGUGGCUUCCCCAUGCUGAAGUUCAAUACUUUUGCAUUCAUGUUA